AUGGCAAUCUCAAUCUAUGGGCUCGGCAUCGCCGCCGCUGUAAUCUUGAUCGGAAUUUACCGACUGUUGCAGGUUGGGAAACGCGACAAACGCAUGCCACCUGGACCGCCAACACUGCCUAUUCUUGGGAAUAUCCAUCAGAUCCCAACUACAGGUCUUUUCAAACAGUUCCGAGAAUGGUCAAAACAAUACGGUUCUGUUUUCAGUCUCAAGCUCGGAUCAGCAAAUAUCGUAGUUCUUUGUGAUCGGAAAGCAAUCCACAAGCUUCUCGUCGAGAAAGGGGCAAACUUCUCGGAUCGACCAGAAAGCUACGUUGGUAAUCUUUUGACUCAGGGUGACCAUGUUGCGUUGCAGCAAAUGGAUACGACCUGGAGAGAAAAGCGGAAAGUCAUUUCGCACACCUUCUCGCCCAAGCAACUGGAUGAGAACCACUACAAGGUGCAAGAGGCCGAGUCUACUGUUCUCAUGGCAAACUUGCUGGAGACGCCAGAAGAUUUCUAUGAUCAGAUUAAACGGUACACUGCUUCCGUAGCUGCCUCGAUCACAUAUGGUCAACGUGGAGCUACUCCGGAUAAUUUCUGGGCAAAGUGGACCGAGGCCAUGGAACCAGGUGCAAAUCCUCCUGUCGACGAAUUUCCGUUCUUGAAGUUGAUACCAGCUUCCAUGGCCGCCUGGAAACGCCGCGGAAUCUCAGCCGGUAAGGUUAUGGAUGGAGUUUGGGGAAAUGCCCGACAAAUCAUCAACGAUCGACGAGCUCGUGGAGAGAGACGUAACUGUAUUAUUGAUAACCUGCUGGAUGAAUAUGAGAAGAAAGGGUCGCCUUUCACUGAUCAUAGUUUUAACAACCUCAUGGGCGAAGUGGUUGAAGGUGGUGCCGAUACUACCGCAGCCCAACUCCUGACCCUCGUUCUAGCGUUUGCGGCGAACCCACGGGUCCAAGAACGAGCACGUCAAGAGAUUGAUGCCUGCUGUGGCUCCGAUCGAAGUCCUACCUGGUCUGAUUUCGCCUCCCUGCCAUAUAUCAAUUGCAUCAUCAAGGAAGGCAUGAGAUGGAGACCAGUCGCAGUCACAGCGCUGCCACAUCGGGCGCGUGCAGAUGAUGAAUACGACGGAAUGUUCAUUCCCAAAGAUACCACCAUUUUCAUCGCCACUUGGGCCAUCCAUCAUCUCGACAGCAUCUACGAAGACUCUGAGCAGUUCAACCCCGAUCGAUAUCUUGAUCAUCCAAAACUCGCAAACGACUACGCUGGUACAUCGGACUAUUUAAAGAGAGACCACUAUAACUAUGGCGCGGGACGUCGUAUCUGUCCUGGAAUUCAUUUGGCAGAGCGUAAUAUGUGGCGUAUCGCGGCAAAAUUACUCUGGGCAUAUGAAUUUUCCCCGCCAAUCAAUGCCGUUACAGGCAAGGAACAGCCAUUGGAUACCGAGGCUUACAACCCGGGCAUUUUGCAAGCACCAUUACCUUUCAACGUGCGAAUUAAGCCCAGAAGUAAGGAGCAUAUUGCUACGAUAAUAAAGGAACGAAGCGAGGCAGAUGGAUUCAUGGAGCAGUAUCGGUAG